GUGCUGUUCGGGCGUCUCAGCUCUCUGUUUACUGUUUGCAUGUCCAAAAGUCAUGGAUGAACCGGCCGCUGAGCAAACAUACAUCGUCCGUCCGUUCAGUCUAGCAAAAGCGCCGCUUUGACAAAGAAAUCUCUGCAGCUGUAGAGUAAUCUCAACAGGAGAGGAGAAGAAAUCCUGACAGGUGUUGAGGUUUGGAGUCCAAAGUCAAGCAGAGCUGACCUCCACACAGUCAGCCCCCAGACUCCCUCUCCGAUCUGGUGUCAAAAAUGGACUCAAGACAGGGAGACAUUCCAGCGCUUGAGUCGAGCACAUCGCCCGGACUCUUCGGUGCUUUGUCAUCUCCUAUUGGAAUGACUAGGCACAAUAUCAGCUAUGAUGAGCACAUGGACACCCCCAUGCAUUCUCCACCACCAGACCUGACUGUUAACAUCUUAUGGAAAGACCCCGUCAUCCCACAGCACAAGUUCAGAAAUGCUAAAGAGGAAGGUGAGAGCAGUGGGAAAUUGCUGACUUUUGAGGCGGCAUCGCCAACCAAGUCUCCAGUGCCUGUGGUGAAAGCCAAAGCCACCACUUUAAUGAGCUCACUUAUGAUCAAGCAAACCCAUGAGAACCUCCAGAGGUUUGAGCACCAAGCAGGGCUGACAGAAGCUGGGUAUUCUCCCCACAAGGGCCUCUCUGCUGAGGAGACCCACUUUCACCGACUGGGUGACAGCACGCUGCCAAAGUUGAGAAUGCCAAGUGGGGACUUCAAGGAGGACAGGCUUACAACAUCAGCACAAUCCACCCCAAGUGGCACCCCUGUUGUCACCCCCUCCGUCACUCCCAGUGUCACCCCCUGCGUUAGUCCCCACACAUCACCGGCUGUUAGUCGCAGGAGCUGGUUCCAGCUGAGUCCUGCGCCUUUUCUUGCCAUCCCAGACCUCAGUCCAAACCCCAGCACCAACAUGGGAGGAAAUGAAGGAGGAGGAGGAGAGAGGUGGAGCUUCUUUGGGACUCGGUCUGUGGUACAGAAGUCCCCCACUGACCCAGGCUCUGAUACCAGCACGGGUUUUUCUCUGCAGUCCUACUUUGGCCUGCAAAAGUCCUCUACCAUGGAUGGCACCAACACCCAGGUCAACCUCAAGGUGGAGGACCCUGCCAACUUCAUGCCCCCCAAGAUUGAAAUCUCGGGCAUUGAGGCCAAGCAGGUGCCCCCACGGCCACACAAACUUAAACCUCGGGACAUGAAUGUUUUAACACCUUCGGGCUUCUGAAACCAGACCAGCGGUGUAGUUACACCUCUGUGCCACAUCCUCAUUAGUUUUUUUUUUCCCUCUCCAUCUGGUUACUCAUUUGCUUUCCUGCCCUCCUCUGUCCUUGCUGCCUCCCUGCAAACUCACUGAGGCUGAGAGAAAUGAGGACCACCUGUAGUAUUAGGUCACCCGCCCCCGAGACAUUGCUGCACUGUUACUCCUCCCAGUGGGCCUACUCAGAUGGAUUUCUCUCUUCUUUUACUCCAAACCAUCCCUUUCCUGUCUCUUCCAGCGCAUUGGUCCAAAUAAAACACCAAAUGAAGUAACUUUAUUUGUCAUCCCUCAAGAUGGUUCUGCUUUGUAUUAUUGUUGUUUUGUCACGUAAUGGGUGCAUUGGCAUGCAUUGCCUUGCUGUCCUCGUUUCAUUGUCAGUGGUGGCAUGAGAUUGAAGUCUUUGAAAUAUCUUGUCAGUCCCUUGCUUAAGUUAAUCGCUUUAGCAUUGCCUCUCAUACUAACACUGACCAGCUAUUUCAAUUAAUAAUGCUCAGUUGCCUCAUUUGUAUUAUAAUUUGUUUUGGAGUUUUUUUUAUAUGCUCACAGAUUUGUAGCUGUGUAGUGCUUUUCUCUGUUGGCAUGCAGAGUAUAGUGUGGUAUGACUGAACUUGCAGAGUGUUUGCUUUUGACAUUCUUGCAAUUUAAUUCCGCUUUUUUUAUUAUGUGAAAGAGUGCUUAUUUUGCUUUAUGACAGUAUGACUGCUGACCUGAAGUGAUUUUUUUUUAAUUAUUAUUAUUUCAACUUAAGUAGUUUCAUAUUGUUCUACUUUAAUUCAACACUGGUCAUUCUAAAUAAGUAGAAUUUUGGGUUUAUCACAUUUUUAUAUUGCAUCACAAUAUUGUUUCAAAAUGCUAAAACAUAUGAAGCAUUGAAGUGGUCAUUUUCAAUAUUUGUGUGUGUGUGUCACAAUCCAAGAAUGCCUGCUGUUUUAUUUGAAAAAGUUGAUGAAUUCUAGUAAUUGCACAAGGGAGGUUGUCUCCCACUUACAUCUGUAAAUAAAUCUGAUAGUGACAAGCAAAAA